UAAAAUUUAUAAUUUAAUAUAUCAAAAUCUAUUUUUGAAAAUAUAUUAUUAGCAGCCAGUUAUUAGUAUAAAAACUAAAUUAUUCAAAACUAUACACACAUUAGGUUGGCCGAGUUCGUUCAGGUCUCCCCCCCCCCUCGGAUCGGUUUGGCUCGGUCAUAAUAUAUAUCGGACAAAGAUCCGCGAAAAUUACGUUCGUUUGGACGCGCCUAUAUUGGAACACUUCGAAAACUUAUUAAUGAUGGAAUCCCGAAAUAGAAUAUAGACUCAUUCUUUUAGAGGUUGGGGAUUUUUUAAAUGAUGACAAUGACGAAAUCUGAUUGGAACGAUUCUCCUCCAAGCGCCAUCAAUAAAAGUUAUAAUAACGGUCGCGCUGUAAAAAGCCCCUCUUCGCCCGCUCCCAAAUUCGUCAACUUGAAUCAAGAAAAUCCACCCAAAAACAAAAAUAAGAAUCAAAAGAAAACGAAUGGAAUUAUCAAACAAGGAGGUGGUAGGGUUAAAUCUAAGGUAGUCAAAAAAUCGGGUAAAAAUAACGUCCAAGAAAUGCCUUCUCAACAUUUUUUCGCCGAUUCUAACCAAUUCGACCCACUGUACUUAGAUGUCGCCGAUACGCUGGAACACGUCCAAGACCCUCUCACACACAAUGGCCAAAAAAAUAGUGCCAAUAAUAUAGAAUCUCUCAGCGUAAAUACUACUUUAAUGGAUGUCAACAAGGAUUUACCACCUGAAUGCGGCAAUAAUAAUAAUGAUAUUAUAGAAAAUGCGAUCUUAAGUAAGCAAAAUGACUCAGAUUCCUUAGGUAAUCAGGAUAAUUAUUUGUCUCACGUUAAAGAUCGCGAUUCUGAAAGUGUUAGGUUCGGUCGUAAUCGGGUCAAAGUUUUGAUGCCCUCGGUGUCUAGCCUCCAUUCCCAGAUAGAUAGGCAAGUCGCUAUAGAGAAACAUUACGUUAACCGGAGUAGAAGUCAAUCAUCGGAUGAUGGAUGUACGGAUGUUUCGACCGAUCGCGUGGACUCGCAUUACGUGAGUGAAGGGGGUGGAGUGGAUUACUAUUUUCCCGAAUUCGACACUUCGUUGACUCCCGAAGAACACGAGCCCGAUUUUCAUGCCUUCUUCCCGCGCGUUGCCCCUGCAGUUCGCAGGUUACUGCCUCACCUUCCACCUACUCAAUCCUUCCAUCAUUAUAAAUCAGAUAAUCAUGACUCGUCUGUCGAUCCAGUAGUAACACGACACUCAUCCGAAAAGGAAUUUAGCGCUAACGAAGGUUCCGCUUACUCGAUCGCCAACACUGAUUGGGUCAAAUCCUUGAAACCCAAAAGCGUGGUAGACUACGAUUAUGCCUAUCUGCAGCGUUUGUCAGCAUAUUACCGAGGAGUUCACGACCCGCCGCCCUAUCAAAAUGAGAGCGGCGAAGGGGCAUAUCCUUAUCUCAAAGCUCCACACACCCGCCACAGAUCGCCUCCUUUACUCGCCACCGACAAUAUCGACAGUAAACUGGAGAUAACGUUGCCUUUGCCUAUGCAGCAAGAUACUAGCUGUAGCGCCAUGAUAGAAUCAAAUACUCCGGUAUUGCUCAACAUUAGCGACGAUACUCUCAAAUUGAUAGAUGGUUUCUGCGAUAAGACCAUAAAGAUGACCUUAUCCCCAUCUUCUGAAGAAGAUCCGAUUUGGACCAAAUGUCAAUAUCGCGAGAGGGCCUCCAGAGAGGCGAAACAAAUGGAUUUGAUCAAAUAUGACAUUCAACAGCAAGCCCUGGCAGAAAAAUUAUUUCCCAAAUACAAGCCAAAACAUCUCCUACCCAAUCUUCCUGAUGGGAAAAAUCAAAGCGAAGGUCUCGAACAUCAAAUUAUCGCAAAAGAUGAAAAAACAGAAAAAAAGAGGAAGGAAUACGAUGCCGAAUUACGUGUCGCUCACGAGGAAUCAUCCUCCCUACUUCUUACAGUAGAGGAUAGCGAGUCCAUACCAGACGAAUCGACCUCCAUAGAGGAAUACAAUAACCUUGGGGGCGUAUACGAAGACGUAUAUCACAAGACUCCUCGAGAAAAGAAUUUCGAGAAUGACAACGCUCCAGUAUCAAAAGCUUCGAACAAACCCCCCAAGGUUAAAGAAGCGACUGAUAUUGGGACAGUAUUGAUAGAAGGAGUCUUAUUUAGGGCCGCCUACUUAGGUUCCACCCACAUCCAUCUUUCGCAAUGGUCUAAUAAACGUCAUUCGCGCACUUUGCAAGCUAGAGAAGCUGUCACUCAAGUCAAGGCGUUAGACGGGGAAAGCCAGCCCAGUACCGAGGUCGACUUAUUUAUAUCCACUGAAAAAAUCAUGGUGCUCAACACAAAUCUUCAGGAAAUUAUGAUGGAUCACCCCUUGAAAUCGAUUUGUUACAUAGCCGACAUUGGAGAUAUAGUCGUCGUGAUGGUUAAAAAGUGCCUUGAAUCGAAAUUACCCGCGAGUGCUGACGAUAAAAUGAUUUGUCACGUCUUUCAAUCCGACGAAGCGAAUCUGAUAGCUCAAUCUUUAGGACAAGCUUUUCAAAUAGCCUACUUGGAGUUUUUGAAAUCCAAGGGCUUAUUAAUAAACGGCGAAAAUAAAACGUCGAUGCCGAAUGAAGUCGCUAACACUUUCGGUUCACUUUUUCAAAGCUUGGAUUAUCAAGAUGUGCUCAAUUCCCAAGAGGUCUUCGGAGAGGAGCUCGACCUUUUUAGCAAAAGGGAAACGCAGAAGGAGGUCGUAAUCCCGAAAAGUAAAGGGGAAAUCCUAGGGUUGGUGAUAGUGGAAUCCGGUUGGGGCUCUAUAAUUCCUACGGUUACGAUAGCCAACCUCAUGUCUGGAUCGCCAGCCACGCGCGGAAAACGUCUCAAUGUCGGCGAUCGCAUAAUUUCCGUCAACGGAUUUAGCCUGGUAGGACUUCCAUUAGAAGCUUGCCAGGCUAGGAUCAAGGGUUGCCACAAGGAGAGCAUAGUGAGAUUAAAAGUGAUUCCAUGUUCUCCCGUCGUGCAAGUCAAGAUCAAAAGACCCGACUCCAAAUUUCAGCUAGGAUUUAGCGUGCAAAAUGGAACUAUAUGUAGCUUAUUGCGUGGGGGCAUAGCCGAAAGAGGAGGAAUCAGAGUUGGCCAUAGGAUCAUAGAAAUAAAUGGGGAAAGUGUUGUGGCCAUUCCUCACGACCAAAUUGUCAAAAUACUUUCCACCAGCAUCGGCGAGAUUGAAAUGAAGACGAUGCCUACCUCCAUCUUUCGCUUGCUGACUGGGAUCGAAACGCCAAAUUUCAUUUGAAUUCUUUCGAUUGCGUCAUUCUCAAAAUAUUAUAUUUUAAAAAUAUAUAAAAUUUGUAUUUAUUGAUAUUUUUUUUUAUAAAAAAGAAUAAUUUAAAGUAAACUAAAAUUGUGCAAUAUAAACCGUGAUAUUCUUUUAUAAAACUAUAUUUAUUAUAUUAUAAUACUGUACGCGUAGAGAUGGUGUAUGCUUUAU